UUGCGUCAGUUAGCUUGGUAACGUUACACCGAAAAAGGAAGAGGAUAUGUAACGGUUAAACGUUGUUGUUUACGCUGGACAGUUUGUGGCUGUGCUGGGUAACGUGACAGUGUGUAUUUUAGACAUUGAUUAACUGUACUAAUCUAACGUUAACUGGAAAGGUAUGUUGUGUAUUUAUGGUCUUCUGUGUUAUUUCCUCAAGUGGUGCUACAUCUAGUCAACCUUAACGCUUGACUAGAUGUUGUAGACGCACUCUUUGUAAGAGCAUUACACUUUUAAUCUGUGUAAAUUGCAAAGUGCGGAAAAGCUGUUGUGCUUCAUUAUUAUUAUCUGGUAAAAGAGCAGUCAGUAUUACUCCUGCUAGUCGUAUUAGUAGCUACGGUGUAAAGGUAGUGGCUGCACCUCUGCUGACCAUAACAAAGUCUGAAGUCGUGGGAAUCCUUAUCUGUGUUUUUAUCUUUGUAAACAAAGCAGUGCAAACAGUUCUUCUGUUCUGGCCACUGUAUGCACUGUAUUAUUCAACCCCAUCGCUUUCACUGAAAUACUGUGAAAUCCUGGUUAAAAUUCUAACAUAUCUGUUGAUUCAGGGCUGACCCUGGAUCACCAGAGGGCCUCUCUACAAACAUCCAGCAAGAGCUUUGAGGGACUAUUACAAUUUAACAACACAAAGCUGCUAAUUGUUGGAUCACUGGCAUAUUUGAUUUCUCUACGUGGCAUUACUAGAGUAACAAGAUCUACCAUAUUAAUAUAUAUUAUGAUGCUGUUGUAUGUCAAGGGAGAGAUGAUGGAGGUGUGAUAGUCCCCUUUUUGGAUGUCACUGUCAUAAGUGAUGCUCAGAUACGAGGAGGUGAGCUGAUGUGCAGUUUUCUUUGUUGUGGAGUUGUUGUGUUUCAAGGCAACAGAGUGCCAGAGAAGGUGAGGAAUGUAUUCAAGCGUAGUGUGGUGACAACACACAGAUAGACAUCUAGAGCAAUACACAGAAUGUUUGCUUUGUUUUGAGAAAUCGGUUUUCACUUUAUGCGUUCACCUCCACCUUCCUGGCUGUAGUUCCUUUCGGCCACAUUUCACUUUUUUAAGAUAUGAAAGUAUGAUUUUGAGGAAAUUCAUUUUAAAUUGUCUGAAGCCACAAAGUUGUUUUGUUUACACUGUUAACAAGUCAGCAGAGAUUUUAAAUAUUUAACAAAGACUAACAGUGCCCUCCUCUUAAGUAUCCAACUCACAUUGUGUUACUUUCAUUAUGUUUCUUUUCUCAAAACCGGUUAUUUAUAUGAAUGAAUGUUGAUGGUCUUUGUGAGCUGUACGUGUUAACGCUACAAUUAGCGUUUUAUGGACAGUCUGACACUCAUUGUGUAUUCUGCAUUAACAGUAUUUCUUUCUGUUCUUUUCCUUCAGGUAUUACAGGAUACAGUUUUGUUUUGUCUGAGCCACUGUCAGGCACUUGACCAAUAGGAACAGUUUGCACAAUUUCCUCCAGCUUGUCUGCAGCCCCCUCCCGACCCAGACAGUCCUCUGCCCCAGCAUGAAUGAAGUCAGUGUUGUGAGAGAGGGAUGGCUCCAUAAGAGAGGUGAAUACAUUAAAACUUGGCGGCCUCGCUACUUCAUCUUGAAGAGCGACGGCUCCUUCAUCGGCUACAAAGAGAAGCCCGAGGUGUCCAGUGACCACAGCCUCCCACCGCUCAACAACUUCUCUGUCGCAGAAUGCCAGCUCAUGAAGACGGAGCGCCCAAGGCCCAACACAUUUGUUAUUCGUUGCCUGCAGUGGACCUCUGUUAUUGAGCGCACCUUCCAUGUAGACAGCAACGAGGAGAGGGAGGAGUGGAUGCGAUCGAUCCAGGCGGUGGCAAACAGCCUGAAGAGUCAGCACCAGGAUGAGGAGCCCAUGGAGAUUAAAUUUGGCUCACCAAGUGACAUCAGCGGCACAGAGGAGAUGGAGAUCGCUGUGUCCAAGUCCCGCACAAAAGUGACCAUGAGUGAUUUUGACUACCUGAAGCUGCUGGGCAAAGGGACAUUUGGUAAAGUGAUCCUGGUGAAGGAGAAGGCCACAGGGAUGUACUACGCCAUGAAGAUCCUCCGCAAGGAAGUCAUCAUUGCUAAAGAUGAGGUGGCACACACGGUUACAGAAAGCAGAGUUCUCCAAAAUACGCGACAUCCCUUUCUAACGACACUAAAAUAUGCAUUUCAAACGCACGACCGGCUAUGCUUUGUGAUGGAGUAUGCAAAUGGAGGAGAACUCUUCUUUCACUUAUCGCGGGACAGAGUGUUCACAGAAGACAGAGCACGAUUCUACGGUGCAGAAAUAGUGUCGGCACUGGAGUACCUACACUCACGCAAUGUAGUUUACAGGGAUUUAAAGCUGGAGAACCUCAUGUUGGACAAGGACGGCCACAUAAAGAUAACAGACUUUGGGCUCUGUAAAGAGGGGAUCACAGACGGGGCCACCAUGAAAACCUUCUGUGGAACUCCGGAGUACCUGGCACCAGAGGUGCUAGAAGACAAUGACUACGGGCGAGCGGUGGACUGGUGGGGGCUGGGCGUGGUCAUGUAUGAGAUGAUGUGCGGCCGGUUGCCCUUCUACAACCAGGACCACGAGCGUCUCUUUGAGCUUAUUCUCAUGGAGGAGAUCCGCUUCCCCAAGAACCUGGCUCCUGAAGCCAAGGCCCUGCUGGCCGGCCUGCUCAAAAAGGAUCCCAAACAAAGGCUUGGAGGCGGACCAGACGAUGCCAAAGAAGUGAUGAGCCACAAGUUCUUCACCUCCAUCAACUGGCAGGAUGUUCUUGAAAAAAAGCUUAUUCCACCCUUCAAGCCGCAGGUAACAUCAGAGACGGACACGCGUUACUUCGAUGAUGAGUUCACAGCACAAACCAUAACAAUAACUCCCCCUGACAAGUAUGACAGUUUAGAUGCAGAAGAUUCAGAUCAGCGCACACACUUCCCUCAGUUCUCCUACUCUGCCAGCAUACGGGAAUGAUCACUGAGACUCUUGAACAAGCAGGCAGGCUAACACACGAUCACAAUCCCACGUACACACACUUGCACUGCUGGGGAACGACACAAACAAAAACUGGCACAAGACACAUUUUCAUUCAGUCUUUAGCGCACGUACACACACACACACACGUACACACACACACAGACACACAUAUCCUGGCUAUUCAGGCAAGACGGAGAUCAUUGAGUGUGAAAUGAACACACGGGCCGUGAGUCACUGACCUCAGCAGGUUUGUGUGGAUUGACUGGCAGCUUUGUCUCUGUGCGUCCUCUCAGGGUUGGCUUCAGGCUUCCCUGCAGGACCUCUGCUGCACUACACUGGGGUACAACAUCAAAGCCUUGACCCUUUGAAAACCAGGUUAUGCCAGCAAGUACCACCUCUUUACCAGCUGCACCCAUGCUACACACACACACAGGCCAACCCAUGCAUAGACUGCAUAUAU